AUUUAUUUACCUUUGUUGUUUCCUUCCACAAUCCACAAUCUUAUUUAUUUUUAAAACAUUAUUUAUCAACAUCUAAAAUUAAUUUAGGCGUAAUUUAAUGAUUGCUAGACAAAGCUUUUUCGUAAACGUACAAUGUCUGAGCAAAAUUUACUAUCUGGCAUAGCCAAUUUGCUGCGUCCUGUAAGUACAGACGUUUUCAAAGGUAAAGGGAAACUGUGUCUUUCUACAGUUUAUUUAAACAAAUUGAAUAAGGCGUUUGAUGAAAAUGUGCCUGAAGAACUGACAUCGUCCUUCCAUCCUACUGAAGAAAAAGCAUCUUUGCAGAAGGAUUUGCAGUUUUUGUUUGAUCUAGUGAAAGGUACUGUAGCGUUAAAAGUUACCCCAGACCUUUUGGAAGACCUAGAAAGUACUGUUGUUAACGUGAAACGAUUUCAAAACAUCAAACUGCUAGAAAUCCACAAAAUCGACAUAGCAAACGUGAUAGGGAUCCAAAAACUAAGAUCAAACAUCGAAGAACUAACUUGCAUGUACAACCUAAUCAAUUUAGCUGAUAUAUUGGACAAAUGCGGCGGAGAUUGUAGCCACAAAUUUAACUGGGCCGAAUUGAAAAGGGCAAAUUUCUCUCACAACCGUCUACAUACAAUUGAUACGAGUUUUGAGUGCACCCCUUGGCUACAAAUAUUAGAUCUGAGCCAUAAUUGUAUAACGAAUUUAGAUUGGAUCGAUCAUUUGCCAAAUUUAAAAAGGUUGAAUUUGUCUUAUAAUCGUUUGGAAAAAGCACCUAGAUUUAAAGGACUAAUCUGUAAAAGACUGCAAGUUUUGCUUUUAAACAACAACUUUAUAGAAGAUAUCUCAGGCCUAGGAACUUUAUGUGACCUCCUCCAACUGGACUUGGCUCAAAAUUGCCUGAACGACCAUGUCACUCUCCUCUCCAUUUCACAGUUGCCUUCCUUAUCUUCGCUAGAUUUACGUGGAAACCCUAUUAAUUUCCACCCUCUGCACAGGACAGUUACAUGCAAUUAUUUAAAUAAAAACACGGCCCCUUUGAGUUUUGUUUUGGACAAUAUUCCUUUGACAAGAACAGAAAAAUCUUUGGCUGGUUCUUUGUAUCCUUUAAAUCAGGGUUCUCUAGGGUCUAAUGGAAGUUAUUCUUCGCAAAAUUCAUUAGAACAUUCUGUACAAGAGAGGCCUAGGAGAGUAAGGAAUGUGCCUAUACAGGAAGGGUACGAUAUUGUAGUAAAGGAAAAGAAGUUAGAUGUGGUUGUUCCAUCGCCAAGAAGUACUAACAGAAGUCAUCUAGACAUAAAAAAUAAGAUUGAAGAAUUUCGAAGACAACAUGGUGAAAAUUGGAUGUCCUAUGCAGCAGGAGAAAUAUUUCAGGAAGUACUAAAGUUUCCUGAACCAUCUAAAGCAUCAACAUCGUUUAAAGAUUACCAGCCUAAUCUAGACACUAUAUCUUGUGAAAGUGAACACCCAAAUUCUUUUGUCUCAGCACCUGACAUGGUUUUGAAUGUAGAUAAUCCUGAUACAACAAACGAGUCUUUUGUUACUUGUUCUCAUGAAGUAAACAAUGGAAAUGAUUCUGUAGAAGACAUAUUCAGCAAUAGUCAAGUAGAGGAAUCUACAAUAGAGCCUCCAUCUGAUGACGAGGAUUUUGACCAAGGAGAAAUUUUUGUUGGUGGUACCGCACCAAAUUCAGAUGAUCUAUGUAUAGUUGUAACUGAAACGCACUUAUCAGAAAGAGAUAGUGUAACUAGCAAAGAAAAAGCCAGAUGGCAUAUAAACGUUGUAAAAUCAUGCCAAAAAGGCGAAAAUCCUAAUGAAGUAAAAAUAAUAUUUGACACUCUGAGAAGGGAUCGCUCUGCCAGAAACUACUACAUCGAAGAAGCGGAAAAAUUUGUAAAUUUAAUAUCUGAGGGCAUGAUAAAAAAUAAAUUACCAGAAAUUCGGAUUCAGUAUCAGUGUAUGAAGUGUAACAACUCGUUUUCGAAAACCAAAAAAACCAGUACUGUGUUGGACGAAGUUAAAGUGACAUGUCCAAAGUGUGAUAGUAAUUUUGUUGUUGAGUCUAAAUAAAUAUAUAUAUAUAUAUAUAUAUAUAUAUUUUUUGUUAAAGACAAAUACACUCAUGAUCUCUCUAAACUCGGGUCUAUUAUCAUUAAAAUGGGUGUUUUGGAGUAGAGCCAAAGUCCACAGUGAAAAAUAUUUAUUGCCGAUUUGUUUUAUUUAUUUUUAUGUGAUGAAUAUAUGCAAUAAAUAUUUAUAUAUGUAAUUAUAUGCAACAUUGUAUUUAUUUUUGUUUUAUGAGGUAUUUGUUUUUGAUUUAUUUGAAAGAUGAAGCAUUUUCUUUCAGCACAAUAAUAAUAUUUUGUAUAUUUAUGUAAAAACUGUGUCACUUUUUCAGGUAUACAUAUUGUUUCUGAGAAUAUUUUAAACUAUUGUUAUUUAAUGAAUUAUAAAUUUGUUACCUAUUAAUAUAUUUUUAUUUAA